GACAUGGAAUCCAAGUAUGACCGCAGAAUGGACCGUGUGCGGGAUGACAAUCUUGCAGUCCAACACUUGCUCUGGAAUUUGAAUGUACAGGUCGUGCUGCCGAACCUACUCGACCUUGCUCCUCGUGCACAUGAUAUCCGAUCGAAUCGUGUACUUGACACCGCUGACGACGGGAGCACCAGAGUGCUCUACGUUCAGGUGUUGGAAGAUGAGGACCCGGCCGGGCACUGGAUGGAUGUGAACGUCACCCUUCCUAUCGAAAAGGAUCGUGUCGCCGCCUUGCAAGUCGUCGCCGCCAUUGAGGUAUACUUGAAUGGUCAAAUACGACUGCUCGCUUCCAUCAGGUCGGCGAUACGUGCCGUCAUAGUGCGGCUUGAACUCUUGGCCGGGGUAGUACCGGAGGAAUCGAAGGCGUUCGUUGACGCCUGCAAACGGCUUGCCACGGUAGGUGUCUGGCAAAUACGGCUGCACACGUUCCCACAGAAUAGUUGCUGCGACCACAUCGUCGAUGAUGCAUCGGUCGUUGUUGCGAACGUCUGUACGGAGGACUUGCCGUCCGUAGCCAAUAUUGAGCAACGCUGGCUCGUAUCCUGUGAUUUCGCUGUGUCGAAUCAGCGCCUCGCACUCGAGGGGCGAGAGAACGUUGUCAAGAACGAGGGCCAAGAUCUGUCGCUCGGGCGGGAACACGUCGCGGGCAGCGAUGGGAGUCGUGGGUGGGCGCUUCAGACAUGACGCGAGGUCCGAGUGACGCAUCCACAUCGAAAGUUUGACAGUGGAGCGACGAUUCCGCCAGGACCUGCAUUCCUUGGACCUUCACUCGACAAUGGCGCAUGUGUCGCAGUCUGUACGAGAUUGGACGAGGCCGACCCUCGUCCUGAAUCGCUCGCCUGCCGCAGGUUUCUCGAGAAAACAUGCAUCGAGCAUGCGCAGACCUACGUGAAUAUUCGACUGAUGGUCUGUUGGAUGUGCGCUCGGAGAAAGUGCAUUGGUUCGACCAAACGAGCUCGUCGGCGCAUUGUGAAUGCCGCAGCGUCAUGAUUCCAUUCACGAGAGCUCUCGAUUCGUCUGUGGUGGAAUGGUUGUUGGGACGCUUGUGCGAAACACUGUCUUGGCGGUUUCAUCGCGAUGCUGGCUGUGACUUCGGUAGCGCAAAGCGCGGUCACGCAUCCUGCAUGGAGCGAGAUCCAAGGUACUCUCAUGGAGCAAAUGCAUGCGUUUGUAUCUCCGUACAAGGCCAACCCGUCCGCUCUCCAAAUCCUGUUAGCACUCUGCGGCGACGCAUUUGCACAAGCGUACUUUCCCGCUGAGCGUGCCCACAGGUAUCUGUUAGUGGAGCCCUUUAUGUCCCAGGAUACUCGACGAGAACUCGAGCAGCAGCUCUUGUCGGACCUCCUAACGUUCCUUGCCCCACACAUGGUGAACGUCAUUCAAAGCAACGCCAUGCAACGUCUAAAGGAGGGCAUGACAGAAUCGUAUGCUCGACAUGCAGCCGCCCAGCCGUGUACGACAAACGUUGACCUAGCAGCUCAGAUUGCGAUCCUGCACUUACAUGGCCACUUUUGUACUCUGCCGUUGUCGACCCCCGUGCUCCCCCCGACUGCCUCGUUUUUAACAGUCGUGGCCAAGAUGCCCACGGUCUCUCCCCUUGACGCAGACAAGACACUACGCUCCCAGGCACUCGCAGACGAAGUCAACUUGUUCCGCAUGUGCCAUGGACGGUCCCUGCCAAUGCAGCUCCGUCAGCUGCUCUGGUUUCGACGACUCUACGUUCCCGACAAGUGCACGGACCUUCGGUGGCGCUUGCAAGCCAAUCAAGCUAUCAUGUCGUUAACGCAGCCUUGGUCGUCCUCGAUCGCAUCGCUUCUGUUCCGACUUGUGCGGGACUCCCUCGCAGACAUGCCGACUGCUGCCGUAUACGCUCCGGACCAGUCUCGCCUGUGUGACACCCUCAACUUGUGGUACGUCAUGACCAAGCUCCAAAGCAGCCAUUUUCUACACCUGGCCAUGCCCCUCGUCCACCUUUUUCCGUCUUUCGACUCCAAAGAUAUCGAGAUUGUGUCUUGCCUGCAUGUCUUCCUCAACACGUACCAUCGGUGCGCCAUCAGCCGAAGCGAACUCAACGCAGCCACCCAGCGCGUUGGUUUUAUCUCUAGCAUGGGACACCCGCACAACGUGCCCUGGUUUCGUAGAUCUGGCUGGAAGUCGGACGGCGGCACUCAACGCUGUUCCAGGUCAUUGAUGAGAUAUACACCAACUCAAAGUUGGACUGUGCCGAAAAGCCCUCGCACCUUUUUGACUCAUGGGUCCAGAGUGCACUUGUCAGUUUCUUGCCCCACCACGGCGUCGACUUCGUCUGGGACCAAUGCAUGCUGUCAAGUGAAGGGUGGCGGACGAGCCUCGAGCACUUUUGCGUCGAUGUGUGUGGCCUCCUCGCACCACAACUCCACCAUGCAACGGCGGUGGCGGGACUCAAAGCAAUCAUAGAGCAUGGUCCUCGACGCAUAGUGACGCAGGAUCUGCGCAACGCUCACCGACUCCGGUCGCCAUCGAGCUAAUUCACAAGUUUUUAAUGCAACGCAUUACCACUGUC